AUGGUGACGAUCUGUACCUACAAUACACGUACACUUGCGUGCGAGUCCUCGAUAGAAGAAUUGCUCAUGCAAGCAAGAAGGAUAAAGUACGACGUCAUCGGCCUGGCCGAGACGACACGAUACCACGCAUUCAACGCCGUCUAUGACACCGGAGAAGAACUGUUCCUCGGAACAUGCGACAGUAGAGUCGGCGGUGUCGGCGUUCUCGUCAACACGAGUUUGUCCAUGAGUAUCGAUUCAUUCCAGCAGCUCGCAACCCGAAUCGGACUUUUACGAUUGAAAAGAUGUGGGUCAGUAACGGCUUUGACAAUCUUCGUCGCUUACACGCCGCCAUCAAACUAUGACGAAGAAGAAGUUCAAGCGUUCUAUAUGGACUUGGAGGAGUUCUACAGAGAAGACCAUACAUUCUUCAAGGCCAUCAUUGGGGAUUUUAACGCCAAGAUUGGAACAAGAAGAACGUCAGAAGAACGUCACAUUGGGACCAACGAAUUGGAAUAG